GCCGCGAGGAGCCGACCGCGCCGCCGCCGGAGCCGCGCCUGCCCCGGCCGAGGGAGGGAGGAGGCGGGGAGGGAGGCAGGGAGGGAGGAGACAGGCAGGGAGGGCGCUGCGUCCCGCUUAGCGUCCGUGCCUCGGGACUGGCUGUGCCCCGCGCGGUCUUCGCCGCGAUGAAGCGCCCUUGCGAGGAGACGACCUCUGAGAGCGACAUGGACGAGACCAUCGACGUGGGGAGCGAGAACAAUUACUCGGGGCAAAGUACUAGCUCUGUGAUUAGAUCGAAUUCUCCAACGACAACAUCUCAGAUUAUGGCAAGAAAGAAAAGGAGAGGGAUAAUAGAGAAAAGGCGUCGAGAUCGGAUAAAUAACAGUUUAUCAGAGUUGAGACGACUGGUGCCAACCGCUUUUGAAAAACAAGGCUCUGCAAAGUUAGAAAAAGCCGAAAUAUUGCAGAUGACAGUGGAUCAUUUAAAGAUGCUCCAGGCAACCGGGGGUAAAGGUUACUUUGACGCACAUGCUCUUGCUAUGGACUUCAUGAGCAUUGGAUUCCGAGAGUGCUUAACAGAAGUGGCAAGGUACCUGAGCUCCGUGGAAGGCCUGGACUCCUCCGAUCCGCUGCGGGCGCGCCUGGUCUCUCAUCUCAGCACGUGCGCCUCGCAGCGGGAGGCGGUGGCGAUGACCUCCUCUCUGGCCCACCACCACCACCCGCUGCAUCCGCACCACUGGGCGGCGGCCUUCCACCAUCUCCCCGCAGCCCUGCUCCAACCCAACGGACUCCACGCGUCGGAGUCCACGCCUUGUCGCCUCUCCACCACGACAGAAGUGCCUCCUGCCCACGGCUCCGCCCUCCUCACGGCCACGUUUGCCCACGCAGAUUCCGCCCUUCGGAUGCCGUCAACGGGCAGUGUCGCCCCCUGCGUGCCACCUCUCUCCACUUCUCUCUUGUCUCUCUCAGCCACUGUCCACGCGGCCGCCGCAGCUGCCACGGCCGCUGCGCACAGCUUCCCGCUGUCCUUCGCUGGGGCCUUCCCCAUGCUCCCCCCAAACGCGGCUGCGGCAGUGGCAGCGGCCACGGCCAUCAGUCCGCCCUUGUCGGUAUCAGCCACGUCCAGCCCUCAGCAGACAAGCAGCGGAACAAACAGUAAACCUUACCGACCCUGGGGGACAGAAGUGGGAGCUUUUUAAGUUUUCACUGAACUUCUUGCAGUAGUCACUGAAUGUCCUUCAUUUCAGAGUCAGCUUAAAAUCUCUGCACCCUGAAAGCAGCCAUACAGAUGUCUGAAGGUCCACAAAGGAACGAGAACGCUAUUUGAGACACAAACCUCACAAGUAGAAAUGUGGUAUUAUUAUCUUUUUUCUCUUUUUUUGGUUUAAGACAGUUUGGUAACUGACAUCAGCAACUUUUGAAAACUUCACACUUGUUUCCCUUUAGAAGUUUCCCGGAAAAUAUAUGGACCGUACUAUCCCGCCAAGCAUCAGGAUGUUUGAAUUGGGGAAGAAAAAGCCGUGACUGAAUUCUCUUGAAACUAGAUGGAAAAAAAUAUUCAUGUGUCAUAAGUGCCUGAACUAAUCAAGUUUUCUUUUGAGCGUACAACAUUGCACAAGUAAAGAAGAGCAAAGAGGUCAGGUUAAGAAAGGAGAAGCAUGGAAGUCUUGCAUUAGGCUGCAGACAUUUUCACACAGUACCAGAGAAGAGCACUCUUUUGAAACCAACAGGUUUUUAUUGGCCAAAAGGAUAAAUAAUUUUCAAGUUCAAGUUUUAUCUUAGUUUGCUUUCUUUGUACAGACUUGCCAAGGGGUGACGUUCAGCAGUGCAUUAGUAUAAGCAAUUAUUACAUCAGUGCUCAGAUUAACAAGCAUUUCUGCCCUGCCUGCAAACCCCCAGGGCUCAAAAUAUUUUUUUUUUCAUGGCUCAAAAUAUGGUGCUUCUUUAUAUAAACCGUAGCUACGUUUUAUAAAGUGCACCUAGGAGCAGUUGCCUGCUGUGUGCCCACCAGAGGCUAUUUGAUUCAUACCAACUUGAAAACUCUCCAGUUUGUAAAAGUGUAGAUUAAUUUAUUCAGCUUCAUUUGGAUAAUUUUGACAUAUUUAUCCUCUUCACUUCAUCCCGGUAACAUGUCAGAUCUAUUUUUGUCACCUUGUGGGGAGAAGCUGCAUUUCUGGAGGUGAUGAGAGAAGGAGAGAGCAUUGGGAAGAGAAAAGCCACAAUUUUUAAGUGUUCUUUGUCAAAUCUGUGAUUGUGUUUGAUCCCAAAUCAGGAUGAAUGUAUGCAAUGAGAUGUACAUAAAUUAUUUUGGUCCAUGCCUAGACUAGUGCUACAUAAUGGUGUUUUGGUUUUAUUGUUUUUAUUUUGUUUAAUGACAAAAUAAUCUCUUAAUACUUUGAAAUUGAGCACAUGAGAUUUUAUGUUUGAAAGAUAAAGACACAGCAUGUAUUAUUAUGCACUUCAUUUCUCUGCUGUGUGGAGAAAGCAAUAAACAUUAUGAGAAUGUUAAACAUUA